UACUGGAGCCGGCCACUCGGCUCUGUGCAGCAGAUCCUGCAGACCUCUAGAGGUCCUACCUGUUCCUUGGUCCAGCGGUGUCCUCACCGUCUUCUCUCCUGUCGCCAGCAUCUUUAUCUCUGGUCAUCUAUACUAUGUCUGCAGUCUGGUCAUCUCCUGUACUAUGUCCGCUCUGGUCAGUCUCCUGUACUGUCCGCAGUCUCAUCUCCUGUACUAUGUCCGCAGUCUCUGGUCAUCUCCUGUACUGUGUCCGCAGUCUCUGGUCAUCUCCUGUACUGUGUCCGCAGUCUCUGGUCAUCCCCUGUACUAUGUCCGCAGUCUCUGGUCAUCCCCUGUACUGUGUCCCCCUGCAGUCUCUGGUCAUCUCCUGUACUGUGUCUGCAGUCUCUGGUCAUCUCCUAUACUGUGUCCGCAGUCUCUGGUUAUCUCCUUUACUAUGUCCGCAGUCUCUGGUCAUCUCCUGUACUAUGUCUGCAGUCUCUGGUCAUCUCCUGUACUAUGUCUGCAGUCUCUGGUCAUCUCCUGUACUAUGUCUGUAGUCUGGUCAUCUCC